CGUCACGCUGUCGUAGUGUCUACGUCCGAGCAGCCGCGUGCUCUUAAAAGCCAGACGCCUCUCUUCGAGGCUGUUUCAGACGCGCGCGGGACUGUCAGUAGCAUUUAGCUAGGCUUUAAUGUUUGCUAGUACGGUGACUUUUUUUUUUAAACUUCUCCAGACGCCACCGUUGACGUGUCGCGCACGUCGUUUGCAUGAAACUGCGGCCAGAUCAAAGCAGCGGGCCAAUGACUGGAGUGACCUCCGAAGACCACGGCUCAACAGGAGCAGUCAGCCCACAGCAGGUUUCCUCUAAACCCAGCUCCAAGCACACCAUGUCUCUCGGCAGCUUCCAGCUCAUGCAGACCAUUAAGAACUCUCCGGCUGCGUUCCGGCGGCGGUUCGGCCGCGACCGAACCGAAUCGCUCUCCCAUGGUGACCCCCUGUUUAAAGUCCACUACCUCGGCACGGAGAAGAUCUUCUCCUUGGAUCGAGAGCAAGCCCAGGACGCUAUUGCACACUUGCUGGAAGGUAUUGCAAACAGGAAGAAGCUGAGCAAAGAUCACGCCCUGGUGGUGCGGCCGCGAUACGUGGAGGUCAAGGAGCUGAGCACGGGCCGGCAGCUCACCAAGACGUACCUGCAGGACAUCGCUUACUGCGCGGCGGACGCCAACCGGCCCAACGUCUUCUUGUACAUCUGUAAACAUCACGGCCAGCAGCUGCAGUGUCGGGUGUUCUGGUGCAGCCGGGCGGAGCGGGCGCGGGACAUGACGGCGUGUUUGGCGCGCUCCUUCCAGCGAGCGCUGAGCGACUGGCAGCAGGACGGCUCGUCCACGCUGACGUCGGGGGAGGCGAGGGCGAAGCUGGUGGAGGAGACGACCCGCCGCUCUCCUUCCAAGAGCUCCACGCUGCCCGCCAGCUUGGGGAAAGUUCGCUGGAAAAGGAGAGGCUCUGCAUCCCGGAGCCCGAUGAGGACCAUCAGCAGAAGAGGAUCCGCCUCCAACAACUGGAGCUGAACCCCCACCCCCACAUCAACGUACAUGCAUUAUGGGAUCAAAGGGAGGACUGCUAAGGUGUCCCCCCACCUUUGCAAAGUGGCAUCAAACGCUGCUGGAAAACAAGCAUAACUGGAAAAUGAAGAGUCUUCAUGAAGGGACUUCAGCUGCAGAUCAGCGCCGUGCCAUUAAAACUGUCCAAACGAACGCCAGGACAGAAACCCAACAUGGGAUGAAGGCGUGUGUCACUGCGUUAAGGCUCUUUCUGAGCAUUGCCUUUAUGACGGUUCAGCCUUAAUUUCUGUGAAAUGUAAAUGGGGUGUGGAACCUGCAUCCUAGCUGUAAUGAACAGGCUCCAGAUGAAUCUGCAGUGUUGCUUCAAAUGGAUGAAAAACGGCCGGUCUGGGUUUUUUAGCGAGUGGGGUUUGUUCGGGGAAAGCUGCUGUGGGGUUUUGCCUGGAUCUGUGCAAAACCACGAACAAAGUGUCCCCCCCUUUUUUUUUAUUUUCAUUUUUUUAAGCCUCUGUGAGGAAUGUGCAGCCAUGCACCUGCAUUCUAAACAGAGACUCAAGGAAUGUCUUCAUCCUUCUCACACCAGGCUCUGAAAUUCCCAAGUCUCUUCCUUCGUUUUCUUUUUCAUCUCCAAUCAUUUCACGCCAAGUUUACAAGUCUGGAUCCGCUGCUCCGACCUCAUACUCCUCCUCCGUCUCCGACCAAAGCCAGGCUAUAAACCGCCGCAAACGUCUACUUUUAGUGUCUUUUGACUGCAGAAUUUUCUUUGCAGUUUAUUUUAUUUUUUUAAACGUUUUAAUUUACAAAUGGCAAAACCCUACUGUCAGAAGAUUGGGGGGGUUACUCUGCCUGCUUUUAGGAUGUAUUUUAUCAAUGUACUGUUUUAUGUUAUACAUAUUUAAACUGAAAAAUGUAUUUUAAGAAUUAUUAAAAGUUUUUUUUUAUAAAG